AAAUUUCCUCCAAGCUAACAGCGCGACUCGUUCAAAACGAAGCUUGCUGCUGCACUGCUGUCAACAACGGAGAAGCCUGAUCUUUGACGCACACAAGGCAUUUUCUGCUUUCCAUAAUGGCAGAAGGAGAGGAUGUGGAAUGGGAGCUGUGCAAAGAAAACAUUCAACCUCUGAAACGUGGAAGAAACAUGUCAGCCUUGCUUCAAGCACUCAGUCAAAGCAAAGAUGGCCUCAGCCCUGCCAUCCUCCAACAGAGACAGGCUUUUGAGUCUGAAUUGCGGCUGUACAACGGAGAUGAUCCGCUUGAUGUUUGGGAUCGGUACAUCAAAUGGUCAGAGCAAAUGUUUCCUCGGGGAGGAAAAGAGAGCAACCUGAGCACACUGUUGGAGCAAGCCGUGACACGAUAUACAGACGAAAAGAAAUACCACGACGAUCCUCGCUACGUUGACCUCUGGAUCAAAUAUGCAGGGCAUUGCUUGCAGCGCUUGGACAUUUACAGGUACAUGAAGGCCCAGGGAAUAGGGAUCACCCAGGCGUCCUUCUACAUCGCCUGGGCUGAGGAGCUUGAGAAUGGUGGCAACUUCCUCAAAGCCGAUUUGAUCUUCCAAGAAGGACUUCGUAUGUUUGCCCAGCCUCUUGACAGACUACAACAGUUUCAUAGGUUGCUGCAGGCUCGCGCGUCUCGGCAAGCGAUGAAUAAAGUCGACGACAGUGACGACGAGACCGAUCAGCCUGAGAGAGUUUCGCUUGCCGAGCUCAAAACGCGAGGGAAGAAGGCCGCCGUGCCUAUCGUCCGAACUGGAGCUGCGAUUAAAUCCGUCUCAAGGGGCCUGAGUUUACGUGCCGCUCCAGUGGAAGAACAUAGCAGCAAUAGUAAAGUGGUGAUCUUUGAUGAAAACAACGCAAGCGCCAUUCCUUCAGAACCGAAAUUCGAGCCUUGGUUGGCUCCUCCUCCUGCGAGGGCAAAAGAAAAUGAGAAAGCGGUUGAAAAAUGGUGCGACGUGAAGAUGCGCCAGAAAUCCAAAUUUGGAAACGCACUGAUGGCUGCACCUCCUCCGAAGCCCACCUUCCAACCAUUUGUUGACGAGUCGGAUGAGACACCGAAAAUGACACCGCGCAAGAUCAUCCCGACAGUGAACAACAUUUUGUCAGCACGCAAGCCCUGCAGAGACGACACUCCUCUGAAAAGGCUGCUGGAGCACCAACGUCAACAGAAAGAAGGCGAAGCGAGCAAAGACCCGGAAAAGAGCAUGUACUGUAAAGAGCUGCUCUUCAGCGGCACCACCGAAUUCAGCUUGGAGGAACUGCGUGCCGAGCUUUACAUCAAGAAAAAUAAUUCGCAGGCGGUCGUUUCCCCUGGCGAGCCGGCGGCCGCCACUGAGACGAAAUAAAAAGGCAAAUCGUGUUCAUUGUGUACUCUCCAAUAGUACACUGUUAAAACAUGUUCCAAUGAAUCAAAAUCUGCCAAUACUUGUUGCAGGUCUCGUGAAAAGCCUUUCUGGGUGCUGGUCAUGUGGUACUAGCCCCAACCUUUUUUUAAUUUUUUUUUGUGCCAAUUGACCAAACCGCAACCCAUCAGCUGCCUCCUAAGUCCACAUCGGCCAACAAGGCUAGAGCUUCAGCUUAAGUACUGUAUUGGAAAGAUCUGCAGAGAUCCAAAUGCAGUGCUGCUCUCCACGCCUAAUGUCGCAGCUUCUCUUGAUGGUGUUGAUCAAAGAUGGUCUUUGUUGCCUUUGUAAAGGCAAAAUUGUGAUACGGUUCGUGUAUUGGAUCGCAAUGGAAACAUGUUUUGUGUCCCAUAGGUUUUGAUUUUUCACUUUGAUUUUAGGGUUUGUCUCUUGUGUUUGUAACCGUUGUUUAGGUUCCAGCUCAUGCAGAUUUUGUCACAACAAUACU